AUGGAUCCGCAAAAGCCAAUUGUCCUGGAUCAGGGAACGGGGUUCGUCAAAAUCGGUCGUGCGGGAGAAAACUUCCCUGACUACACAUUUCCGUCCAUUGUGGGGCGACCAAUUCUCAGAGCAGACGAGCGGGCCAAUGUCAGCACGCCGCUGAAAGACAUCAUGAUUGGGGAUGAGGCGAGUCAAGUCAGAUCGUACCUGCAGAUUUCGUAUCCGAUGGAAAACGGUAUUAUCCGGGACUGGGCAGACAUGGAACUGCUGUGGGACUAUGCGUUCUACGAGCAGAUGAAGCUGCCCUCGACAUCGGGGGGCAAGGUGUUGCUGACGGAGCCGCCGAUGAAUCCGCUGCGGAAUAGAGAGCAGAUGUGCGAGGUGAUGUUUGAGAAGUAUGAUUUCGGCGGGGUGUAUGUGGGCAUCCAGGCGGUGCUGGCGCUGUAUGCGCAGGGGCUGUCCUCGGGGGUGGUGGUCGACUCGGGCGACGGUGUCACGCACAUUGUGCCCGUGUACGAGUCUGUCGUGCUGAACCACUUGACAAGGAGACUGGAUGUGGCUGGCAGGGAUAUGACGAGGUACCUGAUUGACCUGCUAUCGCGUCGGGGAUAUGCCUUCAACAAAACAGCCGACUUCGAGACCGUACGCCAGAUCAAGGAGAAGCUGUGCUAUGUAUCGUACGACCUCGACCUCGAUACCAGACUGGCUCAGGAAACCACCACACUUGUGGAACAGUACGAACUGCCUGACGGAAGAGUGAUCAAGGUCGGGUCGGAGCGUUUUGAGGCACCAGAGUGUCUCUUCCAACCAAGCUUAGUGGAUGUAGAGCAACCCGGUAUUGGUGAGAUGCUCUUCAAUACGAUUCAAUCCGCAGACGUUGAUAUUGUUUCAACUUUGUACAAGGCCAUUGUCCUCUCCGGAGGUUCCUCCAUGUACCCCGGUUUGCCUUCCAGACUAGAGAAGGAAUUGAAGCAGUUAUGGUUUACACGGGUGUUGAAGAACGAUCCUACUCGUCUAGAAAAGUUUAAGGUGCGCAUUGAAGAUCCGCCUAGAAGAAAACAUAUGGUGUUUACCGGUGGUGCUGUCCUAGCUAGCAUUAUGGCCGAUAAGGAACAUAUGUGGCUCACAAAGCAGGAGUGGGAGGAAUCAGGUCCUGCCUCCAUGUCCAAAUUUGGACCAAGGUAG